AUGGAAGUCAAUACCAUUAUUAAUAUGGGCUUUUUUAUUCGCGAUCUUCAUCAACAAAUUCAGCGCUUAUACCAACAACAAAUUACUAAAUACCAUCAGAAACCAUUCAUAGUUUACCGCGGACAAGGUUUAUCAAAAGAAAAUUUCGAAAAAUUACAAAAAUCAGAAGGUGGUUUAAUAUCUUUCAAUAACUUUUUAUCCACUAGUACAGAAAAAGACAUAUCUCUCGUAUUUGCCCGAAGUGCGUCCGAAAAGAUGGACAUGAUCGGCAUUGUUUUCAAGAUGUUAGUUGAUCCUCGUAUUAAAUCAGUGCCAUUUGCCUUCAUCACGGAAGUGAGUUCGUUUGAUGGAGAAGACGAAGUUCUCUUUUCAAUGCAUACCGUCUUUCGAGUGGGUGCAAUUCAACAAAUGGAUAAUAAUAAUCAACUUUAUCAAGUUGAAUUAAAAUUAACGUCGGAUGAUGAUCAACAACUACGAUUACUUACUGAUUGGAUACGAGAAGAAGCUGCUGGUAUUACUGGAUGGCAACGAUUAGGUCACUUAUUGCUUAAAAUUGGUCAAUUUAAUCAAGCUGAAGAACUUUAUAAUGGAUUACUCGAACAGGCAUCUGAUGAGAGUGAAAAAGCGCUUUAUUAUAACCAGCUUGGAGGUGUCCAUUUUAAUCAAGGUAAUUAUAAGAAGGCUGCUCGGUAUUUCGAACAAGGACUUGAAAUCUGCCAAACAGCUCUUCCUUCAAAACAUUCUCAUUUGGCUACUUCAUGCAACAACAUCGGUAGUGUGUAUAAAAAGAUGGGCGAGUACUCGAAAGCACUUUUAUUCUAUGAAAAAGAUUUUGAAAUCUGCCAAAAAACUCUUCCUUCAGAUCAUCCGAAGUUGGCUACUUCAUGUAACAACAUUGGUAGUGUAUAUAAAAAGAUGGGGGACUAUUCCAAAGCAUUAUUAUUUUACGGAAAAGCACUUGAAAUCUGUCGAAAAGCUCUUCCUCCAAAUCAUCCUCAUUUAGCUAUUUCAUGCAACAACAUCGGUUUAGUGUAUGACAACAUGGGCGAGUACUCGAAAGCACUUUCAUAUUUAGAACGUGCUCUGAACAUAUGGCAACGUGCAUUACCUCCAACUCAUCCUGAUAUUAAAAGUGUGAAACAAAGUAUCGAAAUUGUAAAAGUACAAAUUAUAAAGAAUAUGUGA